AUGAUCUCAGCGAGCCACCCCGGCGAGGCGCUGGCCCAGCUGCAGUUGGGGCACCUGGGCCACCUGUACCCGGCGCCGCCGACGGCCGCCAUGACACCCGAGUUUCUCGCGCCGCCGCCUCGACCUUACCCGCGCUACGCGACGCGCCGGCCUCGGGACCCUCCAGCACCGGCGCCUUUUACUGGAUACGCGCCAUUUCUCCCCCAUGCUCCGUACGCCUACCUGUAUGGCACGAGGCCGCAGCCGCCCGCAGCAUACCCGUUGCGGCCGCGCUCGUCAUCCGGCUUCGUGCCACCUGCGCCCGCACCACCAACGCAGCUGGAACCACCUGUAUCUGCACCAGCACCUAUACCAUCUCCAGCAGAGGAAGCUCCAAUGUCACCAGAGCGCGGCGCUCCAGCUCCGUACUUCUACCGGGGUGCGAUGAUCCGACUGGAAGACGGCUCCUUGAGGCGCGUAGAGGAAAUGCGCACUGAGGACUUCGUGAACAGCGCCAGCCGCAGCAGUGACCUUGCGUUAACGAAGUGCACGUUGCUGCGACUAGACGAGCGAGGGGACCAAUUGGCGCUCACGCUUACAUAUGACAGAAAUCGCACACAGGUCGAACUAGAAUGGACAGUCGAUCGGCCAUUCUUCGUCUACGGUAGAGGAUGGGCGUCGUGCAAACCCGAACGCACGUUAGCUCGGUAUGGACUCCGAGUGCAAAGGCUACAAGUUGGCGACGUCUGUGUAUCACUUGUAGCCCGAAAUCACGCGGCGGCCGCGAACGCGGGUGUCGCGAGCACCGUAGGAGUCACAAGCAGCUUAGGUGUUACAAACAGCAUGGGUAUUGCAAGCAGCCUGGGAGUCACAAGCAGCGUGGGAGUGACAAGCACUUUGGGAGUUACAAGCAGCUUGGGAGCAACGACUAGCUCCAUGACCACGUGUCUCCCCACGCCCACGCCUCCUCAAACUCACCCGGAGAACCUCAGUGUGAAAGAAGACGCCCGCAAGCGACGCUGGUCCGCCUCCGACGUAAAUGACGGGGACCGUCCGCCGCUCAAAAAACGCUGA